UUGUCUGUUAUUUGUAUAGUUAAUAGUUGUAUUUAGCUGUCUGGUUGUGGCUAUUUUUUAGUGCUACAGCCUCAUCUUCAAUUCCACGAUUUUGAUAUCCACAAGUCCAACUAUAUAAUAUUUAACAAUAUUUCCUCAACUUCUUCCUUCUCCACCAUUCAAAAUAACACCAGUGCCACCAACUCCAUCGCCUCUCUACACUCGUCCUCCGCAAUAACCAUUUACCCAAAUCAAUACCAAUCGCAUCGAUCCCUAGCUAUGCCUCCCCCGUCUCCCACAUAAACCCCCAAACCAUGUCAUCCCGCCUCGACCAAGUCAUCGCUCCAACCACCACGAACCCCCUCCCGCCAACCGGAACCUCUUCCCCGCCUCUCGAACACCCUCAAGAGCAACAGCAACAACAAGACUCAUCGCCCCCAGAAGAGACACCAACCCCCAUCACCGUCACCCCAGACCCCCUCUCCACCCUCCCGUCCUCCCCGCCUCAGAUCUACCUUAACCUGCUAAUCCUCGAAACCUCCCUGCGCUCCCAAUACCUCGCCCUCCGCGCCCGCAGGCGGCAAAACACCUUCUUUCUCCUCCUCCUAGCCCUCUGGAUCGCCUACUUCUCCUACGCGCUCUUCCUGCGCCCACGCGAAGAUGGCCGCGGCGUCGGCGGCUCCGUCUACUGGGUGGUCGAGAUGGCGGAGAAAAUGGCUCUGAUGGGCGGGGUGGUGACUGGCGUGUUGAUAUGGGGAACGGGCCAGUGGGAGCGCGGUGUACGAUGGCCGCGCCGCUGGCUGGGCGUUGCGAAUCGCGGACUGAGAGGGAUGAAUACGAAGAUCGUGGUGUUGAGAGGCCCCUGGUGGAAGGAGGUGUGGUCGUAUCUAGCCUUUGUGUUUCCGUUUCCCUACGAGGUGUUUUUCCCGUCAUCGACAACUUCGGCGUUUCAUUACGUUGAGUCUACUACGUCUGCUCCUGGUGGUGGUGAGAAAGGGUGGAAAUCCCGCCUCUACGACGACGAGAGCCACUCGCACAGCGACGCUAGCACGCCGGGCACAUCCAUAGUGGAAGAAGACAUCGCCCCUGGCGGUGACUACAUCAAGCUCCUCCUCCUCCCAAAGUCCUUCUCCCCCGCCUUCCGCGAGAACUGGGAUGAAUACCGCACCGAUUACUGGGAGAAGGAGAACGAGCGACGCGCCGCGCUGCGGCGGAAAUUGAAAGAGCAGCGGCGCGAGCAUGCGAAGAUGGCGGGCGGCUGGCUCUGGUGGACGCGGCUGUUAUGGGGGAUGAAAUCGCUGCCCAUGCCAAUAUCAUCGACGUCGACGGGUAAGAGACCGGCCACGCCCUCUUCUGGGAGUGCUCGUCGCCACUCCCAUUCGCAUUCCCAUUCGCACUCGCUCCAUCAUUUCACACACCUCAGAGACCCAUCUACAACAUCUAUGAAGCGCCGCUCAACACCCUUACACCAAGACCGUGAUGCCACGACGACGCACUCCCGUACCUCCUCCCGCAGCACAACGCCCAACCCCCUCUCCGACGCCGAUGAUACGCCCCAUAACAACAAUAGUAGUAAUAAUACCAGUAAUAAUAGCCCUGGUGGUAGGCGUAGAGGUAGCUCCGUGACGUCGACUUCGGGGAGCGAGCGGAAGAGGAGGAAUAAAUCAGCGUCGUCUGUAUCCAGUGGUGGUGGUGGUGGUAGCGGUAGAGCACCGUCACCGUUGACGAAGAUUGAGCCGGUAGGGCAGUCAUAGUUAGGAUACGUGGUCUCUGGACUGGUCUCUGUUUGAUGUAUCAGGUUGUGUCUCUCUUCAUUUGCCCACAUCCGGACCCCCCCCCCCCCUUUUUUUUUUUUUUUGUUUAUUAUUAUUAUUAACUUACAUACGCGAAAUGUGUGGUGAGAUUACAGCCCAGUCAGUGCUUUUGACAAAGUUCAGAUUAUCAUGAUAUGAUUCACUGUUUUCCCUAGUUUUGAAACCGGUUUCCUCUGUGAUACGCAGGGGAUUGGCUCCAUGUGUUUUUGAAUGGUCUCCGUAUGUCUGCUCUAAAAUAUGGGAAUAUAGGAAAUACAGGCUUCAUCACGGAUAACGUGGAAGACUAAAUAGAGGGUGAAACAGAAUGCAAAAAAUCAAAGAUGAAACGGUAACACCCUCCUGUAGAUAGAUUUUUCUCCGGCUUUAUUGAUGCCCUCGAUUUGUUAUUAUAUGCUAUUAUCUAACAUCAAAUCAAUACAAGGGAAGUAUAUAAAUAAAUGCCAGCCCAAAAGAAAACCAGUUCCAAUGCAGAGAAGACAUCCUUCUAGGGAACCGAAAAACCACUCAUACAUCAUGCAUAGGGAAAGAGAUACGAAAAGUUCACGCCCACGCCAUUAAACAUUUGCCUGAAUUCCGAUCCAUCCAUCCGCCCUACCCCCUCGCAAAAUAAAAUCUGGCGAAAGAGAAGUG